UUUUAGACCGGCUGCCUCUUCACGGUGCCUUCAUGCCUCCAACACUGCAACACUGCAACACUGCAACAGCGCCUUUCUUUGCUCGCCUCCACAAGCUUUGCGAGACGACGGCGGUCCGCUUUGCUCCGGCUCAACUGACCCAUGACCAGCGCCCGUGAUUCCUCGUGAUUCCUUGGUGACCGCAUUGGCACGUUCCUCACAAGCCUCACCACUUGCGACUUCCUCGGAAGCUCAAUUUCUUGCCCAGGUUGCCCCCAAAACCUGUCUUCGCCUCAUCGACGCCUACUCGUCUCUCCUGUCUGUCUCUCAACACCACACCGAGCAUCCCCCAGCUAUCCCCCAGCCCCUCCACCCGCCGAACCUCAUUCCGCAGUGACAAUCCCCGGUGACCACCUCGGACGCAGAAGGAAGGGGCGAUGCAGUACGUGCGAGCAGUCACCGGCACUGUGUCAAAGGGCUGGAAUUCCAUCAAUCCCGCAACAUUGAGUGGCGCAAUCGACGUUAUCGUCGUCGAGCAAGAAGAUGGAUCCUUGGCAUGCUCGCCCUUCCAUGUUCGCUUCGGGAAGUUCCAGUUGCUACGGCCGUCGGACAAGAAGGUCCAGUUCACUGUCAACCACACCAAACAGGACUAUGCGAUGAAGCUUGGAGAGGGAGGUGAAGCCUUCUUCGUUUUUGAGACCACAGCCCCCAUCCCCGAAGAACUACAGACCUCACCCUUAGCCUCCCCAGCAUCGAGUCCUGAGCAAAAGCCUAUCGAAGCCCAUUCGAACCGCGGACUGCUCGAACCUGACCCUUUUGAUCUUGAAGGUGGCAGCACUAUACGUAGAGGGAGGCAGUCCGUCUCGGUCCCGCCCAUGGAUUCCCUCCAUGCAGACGUCUAUGACCGCCCAAAAUCAGCCGACUGGUCUGCCUUCCAGAUGCCACGUUCGCGAACCGACGAAACCCUCCCAACCGUGAAUGUAGGACUAUCACAAUCAUUUGACGCGAAAGAGAAUGGACCUCUAUAUGUGAGCAAGGAGGCGGCAAUCGCCUGGAAUGCGCCCUCGCGGUCGGCGAGUCCACCUCCAGUGUCCCCGAGCGAGGCUAUGGCACGUGCCAUAAAUCUAUCGAAGAAAUUGUUCGUGUCCAACAUUCCGAACAAGGUCACUGACAGCGGUGACCUCAUGCUCGAUAUGACAGGUUACAAGAGUAGCGAGGAGGAAGCUCUUCGAGCGGAAGUGGUGGCUAGGAAAAUUCUAGCUGACGAACUGGAGGGUAAUUAUGACAUCGGGGCAUUGAUUGGUGCCGACGAGAAUGGAAAUCUUUGGAUCUACAGCAGUGAAGAGGCAAAAGCAGCAGCCAAUCGAAAGGUUGCCUUGAACAUGUUAAACGAGGAUGCUUUGCGCUCGUCGGACGCCGUAUCAGAUCCCGGAUAUCACAGCGACGACGCACAGAGCAACACCACGGCCGAAUAUGCGCCUCACUUUCGCAGAGAUUCAGACAGCGCUGUUGGUCUGACUACACCACCAGAUUCACCGGAUGCAACUGGCGGCGAGACUCGGAACUAUGCAAAGACGCUCCGACUCACCAGCGACCAGCUCAAGGCCUUAGACCUGAAGCCAGGCUCAAACACAAUGAGCUUCACAGUGAACCGCUCGACUUGCACUGCGUUCAUGUUCUAUUGGAAGCACGAUACUCCUAUCGUGAUUUCUGACAUCGACGGAACGAUCACCAAGUCUGACGCCCUAGGCCACGUGUUAAACAUGAUCGGUCGCGACUGGACUCACUUAGGAGUCGCCAAGCUGUACACCGACAUUGUUAACAAUGGGUACAACAUUUUCUACUUGACAAGCCGCUCGGUAGGGCAGGCCGACACUACCAGAGCUUACUUGAACGGGGUUGUCCAAGAAGGAUACCGUCUACCUAAAGGACCCGUCAUCAUGAGCCCGGACCGGACGAUCGCCGCCUUGCGGCGUGAAAUAUAUCUCCGCAAACCUGAGGUCUUCAAGAUGGCUUGUCUCCGAGAUAUCAUGAACCUCUUUGGAAAGCCUGCAGGGCAAACUCCGUUUUACGCUGGUUUCGGCAAUCGACUAACAGAUGCGCUUAGCUACCGCUCGGUUAACAUUCCCUCUACUAGAAUAUUUACCAUCAACUCAAAUGCGGAGGUGAGCUUGGAUGUCCUAUCUUUAAACAGCUAUAAGACGGGAUAUGCUAGCAUGCGCGAGAUCGUGGACCACUUCUUCCCUCCAAUUGGCUUGCUUGUUCCGGCGGGUGGCGAAGAAUUCACCGACUUUAGCUAUUGGAGGGAGAGACCUCUUGACCUUGAGGAUUUCACCGAUAGCGAGGAUGAGGAUGAUGAUGAAGCAGCCAUGGAAGCAGCGAGUAUCAGGAGUGAAGACGAAGGAUCUGAGAUCGGUGAGGACCUUGAGGCGAGCUACCUUUCGCGGGAAUCCAUCGACGAAACCGGGGGACUUGAAGAGUCCAUAAUGGAAAGUGUGGAGGGGGAUGAGUAUGAUGAAGGAGACGGCGAAGAAGAAGAAGUAGAAGAAGAAGAAGAAGAAGAAGAAGAAAUGGAGGAAGAUGGGGCGACAGAGGAGGAAGAAUAUGACAAUGAGGAUGGAGGCGACGAGGGAGAAACGCCGACAGACGAAACGGGUGGCCCGCUUGACGGCCAAGCCGAACGUAUCGCGCCACUGGAUUUGGCAGAGUCGACGCCGCAAGGAAGUCCUAGGAAGCAAUCCUCAAGUUCAACACCGGCGCGGAACACUCGCUAAAUGGCAUUCUCCAAAACCAUGAUGACGAGGUAUAUUUUCACCUAUGCUGUUAGACUAUAUUAGCAUGGACUGGAGUUAAAAAACGGGAUUGUUAAUAUUUCGCGUUUACAUCUUGCCUAUAGUAGGUAACACACUCUGGGUGGCUGUAAUAUAGGUGGAAGGAGCACCGAGUAUGGCGUAUGGGUUCCCCGUUGGGUGAUUGAGCAUUUGGUAGCAUUUUUCGGAGUUUGGUUCUAGAGCGCAUAAUGGCCGGCAUCUAAAAGGUACAGGCGUGUACCCGC